AUGCGAGGGUCUAGUGUUCAACGGAAGCUUCGCUCCUCCGCAGGUGGCGAGAACGCUCCAAUCAACAUCGAUCCGCCCAAAUCAAGAAACGAAAAUCCUUCCAGAUUGAAACGCAAACAAAGCAAUGUGGAGGAGGAUGAUCAAGAAGUCGUGAUACGUUCGAAGAAAAAGAAUAUAGCUGAAGACCCAGGCGACAAAUCGACAGCAGAGGAUCAGGCUGUUACAACCAACUCGAAGGAAAUUGACUUUCAAAUCUACAUCAUACUCCCCGUGACCGAUGUUCAACCCGAACCCUCAAAUGUCAUGCAAGGAUCUUUCACCUUUUCGGUGAACACAAAAGACAAAGAAGACAUUUGUACGUCUCUGGCGCUACUGCUUAUGGGCGCUUCAACAUCUCCAGUACCAGAGAGCGGUUCUCCCGAAAGAGUUGCUUCGACAUUGGUCAUGGACAAUCCAAGCCUUGAAGGGAGUUCAACGUCCAGGAAAUCCAGCUACAAGCGCUCAUCUGAACAUCUUCCCAGUUUGGAACAUGGCACCCUUGCGUACCCUCGACCCCGACCUACGGACUUGUCAAAAGAGCAUUGGAUGCGGCGAAAAUCAAGGAAAGGUAAAGAGAAAGAGCGAAGAGAGUCUGAGAGUGAAUAUUUACCUGAGGACGAUGAGAUGUUUGAAGAUCAACAUCACGAUCCCGACGAGAAUGAAAAUCCCACCAAAUCAAAAGGUAUGCAGGAUGAAGUAGCUUCUGAAAAAGUAGCGACAGAUGAGGAGACCUCCAAAACCUCCCUUUCUCUCCAAGAGCUCACCAGGUUAUGGAAAGAAAGCAGAGCGGCACUGGUCAAGGCAAACAAAAGGAUCGAAACCCUUGAAAGUGAAUUUAAGAGCUUAUCGAAUUUUGUCAAGACGUCUCUUGCAAAUCACGCCGAACAAGAAAGCAGUCAGGCACGCGGGGGACGCACGGCGUUCAUGGAUUCUCUUUCUGCACAUAUCAGGCAUGCAUCCGGUUCCAUAUUGAAAUGA